AUGAGUGACUAUAAGACCAGCGAUGAUGACAAACACGGAAUCGCCAGCCAUGAGAGGACCGGUAGCUUAUCGGCCGUACCUACGGGCAGUGCACCGGCCAUACCUAUUAGAUACAUGGUGGCCGGGCUGGUAGUAGGUGGGCGAUUGGCCGAGAUUUUUGGUGCUAAAUGGUUGUGCGCGGGUGGUAUAGGCAUGUCUAUACUGGUGAACGCGCUGACACCGAUGAUAGCCAGGUCACUGCAUUAUUGGCUACUAUUGGCCAGUCGUGUGGUGUUGGGUAUGUUUCAGGCGUUCAUAUUUCCGUCGUGUUAUGCCUUGUUUUCUAAGUGGGCGCCCGACCACGAGCGCAGUACUUUCCUAUCAUUCCCGACAAUUGGCGGUAAUAUCGGCACAAUAGCUACCAGCUCACUAUCAGGCUACCUGUCCGAAAAUGGCUUUGAUGGGGGUUGGCCCUCGGUGUUUUAUGUGUCAGCUAUGUUAGCCAUGGUUUGGAUGAUACUGUGGAUACUAUUAGUGAAAAGUGAGCCCAAAGAUCAUCCCUGGGUAUCCCAUCACGAGUUGCAUUACAUUCACUCCAAUAUUAAGUCUAUUAAAACUGGUGGACAGCCUGUUAAGAGGUCUGUCCCGUGGGUUAAGAUAUGCACAUCGAAGGCCGUGUUAUCCGUGUUUUUGGUGAAGUUCACAAUGAACUGGAAUUAUUGUCCAAGUAUGUUUGCCAGUGGUUUUAUCGCCGAUUACUUAGUCCGCAAAGAACCACGUUUGGAGCAGGGACAUGGUAUGCUAUUAUUUGGCGUAUCAGCCGGGGGUGAAAUAGCUGUUAUAGCAGACAUGACAAACAACUUCACGGCCACAGUGUUCGCCAUCGGGAAUACCAUAGCGUUUACAUGCGGUGUCAUAACACCCCUCGUGAUCGGGUAUAUACUGGAGGCCAACGAUGACACCCCCCGUAAGCAAUGGGGUUAUGUUUUCUAUAUGUCGGGCGCUAUCAAUAUAUGCGGGGGUUUGGUGUUCGCUAUAUUUGGUUCAGCGAAACAACAGGAUUGGGAUAAAGACCCGGAUAGUCAACACAAUGACGAUAAUAUUAUUACCAGAAUAUAA